UAUUGAAAGGGAGAAAGAGAGAUUCAUUCCAUUUCAUCUUAUUUCUUUUUUUAAAAUGACAGAUGUCUUGGGUUAUAGUUAUAGCUUGACUGUAUUUAUCGGUGGCCUCAUUGGAUACAUAAAAGCUGGCAGUACAAUGUCACUUUUAGCAGGAACUAUUUUUGGUAGUCUAAGUGCCUUAGGAGCACGCCAGGUUUCUAGUGACUCAAAAAAUGUGAUGCUAGCCUUCAUGGUGAGUUUUUUCCUUUUCUUUAUUAUGGGUCUUCGUUUCUAUCGAGGACGUAAAUGGAUGCCAGCAGGACUUGUUACGUUAUUAAGUUUUAUCAUGUUGGCUCGUUAUGGUGCGCGUUUAUUUUAAUAAUUAUUAUUAUUUAUUAUUGAAUAUAAUAAUUUAUUCUUUUUUGUAAUUCACUACACCUUUAUCUGUAUCAAUGAUAAUUUUAUUUCCAGUAGGUGAAGUGAUAUAUAUUAAAUUAAGAUUAUUUUCUGGAGAUAAAUCAAGGAUAUGACUUGGUGGUAAGAACAUUAAAAAUUUACGAAUUAGCCAUGGUUUUCCUUUAAAUAAUAAUGUAACGCGUUCCAAUACUUGAGGGGUAUUUAUCCUAUGAAAGAGAGAGAAUCAUGAAUGAAUACAUCUUUAUAUAUAAAAUGCAUAUCUAUUUGUCUUUUGUUUUUUUUUUUUUUUUACUUUU